AUGGCUGAAGAAACAGUUGUAACCUCUUCUCCUGCCCCAUUAAACUGGUGGGAUCUCCAUGCAAGUUCUCUUUCUCCAUGGACUAACACUAACAACGAAUGGAACAACCAACCAAACCCUAAUUCUUCUUGUUCUUGUGAGGAAGAUAUAUCAAGCCUUACCAUUGAGUCCUCUAGUAGACUCGUUGCGCGACCUGCACCUUCCUCCAUUGAGUUGAUGAGAGAACAUGCUUCAGAUAAUCAACUUUGGAGUCAUGUUCUAUCAAGUGUUGCUUGUGACGAAGAGUUGAACAGAAGCAGCCAAGGAAUUGGAGACAAUUUUCUAGAUGCACUAUCAUCUAAAAGCAUGACAAGAUCAAUGUUUGAACCAGCCUUUGACUACUUGAAGAAACUUGAUACCAAUUGGGAAUAUAGUGGCUCAACAUCAUUCAAUAGUUUUGAGAAACAUUUAAAUGGGUUUAGUGAUGAAAUUAUUGAGAAUAAUGAAAGGCUGAACAAGUUAUCUAAUCUUGUAAGUACUUGGUCUGUUGCCCCUCCUGAUCCAGAAGUUAAUGGCCACUUUGAUCCACAAACAAACAAUUCAUCUUUAAGUUCUUCAAUGGAUCAUCACACACAAUCCGACCCUUGUCAUAUCAAGCAACCUUUUGAAGAUUCUACAUCAUGUUCUGUUGGAGAAACAAGUAGAAAUUCUGAAGGGUUUCCUAAUUGCUAUGAUGUGGACACGAAGGUCAAGCAAGAAAAUUACUAUGCAAGUGAAGUUCUUGGAUCCGUAUUUGGUAGGUCAUUCAAUAUAGAUGGAUAUCAAAAUGGAUUUAAUAACCAUUUUGUAGGAGACAAGGGGAAUCUUUACAAUGGAAUGCCGAAUUUUUCUUCAUGCACAAGAAAAUUUUCCGAUGUUAUAUCAUUUACUGGUCAGCUAGGAAGGCCAAUUAUUGAAAUUCAUGCACCAGUUACUAGCACGAAAUGCUUAAAUUUAUCAGAGUCAAGGAAGCAAUGUCUUCAAACAUCAUCACCGACAAAAACUAAUAAUGGAAGAGGACAAAGGAGGGCCAGUGAAGUAAAGAAGAAAAGAUCUGAAGACUCUUCAGACGCAAUCUUGAAGAAGCCGAAGCAAGAUGUAUCCACAGAUUCUUCUACAAAGGUGCAGGGACCCAAAGUUAAGCUAGGUGACAGGAUCACGGCCCUUCAACAAAUUGUGUCUCCAUUUGGAAAGACAGACACUGCAUCCGUGCUGUUUGAAGCAAUUGGAUACAUUAAGUUUCUCCAAGAACAAGUACAGCUACUGAGUAACCCUUACUUGAAGACUAACUCACACAAGGAUACAUGGGGAAGCUUUGAUAGAAAAGACAAGGGAGACGCAAAGCUAGACCUUAGAAGCAGAGGUCUUUGUGUAGUUCCCAUUUCAUGUACUCCUCAAGUUUACAGAGAGAAUAGUGGACCUGACUAUUGGACACCAGCGUACAGAGGAUGUUUAUAUAAGUGA